GGGGGGGGGGAGUGGAGAGAGGGAGUUCUGCAUAGCUAGAUAACUUUAUUGAAAUUAAACUCCAGAGGUGAUUAUUCUGGUUGAAGGCUAGGCUUAUUUCUCUUUCCUUGCACAGGGUGGGAACUGGCAAAUCAAGGAGCCUUUUCUCUUUUGUGUCCUUUAAACGGGCAACUGGGGAACACUCUACGUAGUGUUUCCUUUCACCUCUCUACAGCCAGCCAGUAUUUAGUGCUUGCUUUGGAUCAGGAUGGUUCAGUAAUAACGAGUAGCAGUCAGACUCAUUGGCUAAUUACAUACCUGUUUCCUUUCUCCCAUUAUAUCAGUAUUAAAUGAAUUGCUGCUUCAAAAUUCCUAGCUACUCAUUUCAUGCUGUGUAGCUUGGGGAAUAGGAAUACUGGCCUUAUCUUUUCUACUAUACUGACUUCUUCAUACUGCAGUCUUAUUUAUAAAUGAUCCUUUUAAAUUUUUUACUACAGGCAUAGAUUUUAUUUCUCUCUCAUCCUCACACCAUGCAUUAAUAAUACCUAUCUGCACUACAAGAAAAAAUAAAAAAAUAUGCACUUUGACCUGUUAGAACUCAAAAAUUCUGGUCCAUUAAAGAGCUAAGAAACUAUUAGGCAUUAGAUUUUUGUUACUUUUCCAUAGAUUGUAAGAAAGCUAAUAGUUGUCAGAUUAAAACCAGAAUGGUUUAUUAAAAUUGAGUUUGUUUACCUCAUGGUGAUGUUUUUGUAUUUGUCAGUAUCAAGAAAUACCGACAAAUCAAGACAUACAGGAAUUUGGUUUUAUAUUCAAGAUGAUUAUAUAGGACACUGCUCACUUCGAGUGGUAACUUCAGUAGUACUCUGGCCCAUUUAUCUCAGUAUAACAAAACUGAUUUAACAAAUGGUUUGUAAUAGGAGGGUGGAGAGGAAUAAAUAAGACAAUGCUAAAAACUGAUUUUAAAAAUUGAGCUCUAAGACAGUAGAUCCUAUUUUGAGUUACUGAUAGGUGACUCAGUAAUGAAAUCAUUUCUAGCUCUGCUUUUAGAGUAGGCUAAAAAUAGUUAGAAUGUCAGACCACUGCUCCAUUAAUGGAUCAUACCCUUCCUCUUUUAGCCUUAUCUUGCUGUUUAAGUACAGUAAUGUUGCAAAUUCCUCUGCCUGUUUUAGCUGUCCAAGAAGCACUUGUAUGCCUCUAAUCCAUAAUGAUAUGCUGUAUACUUCUAAAUUUCUCUUUCUGAUUGUAGAAGGAAAUAUUGUAUAAAAAUGGGAAUGAGAGUUUUCUUUCUAUGUAAUAUGAAAUUGAGAAAGUAUUGGAAGAAAUACACCUUUUUAUUCCUUUAAAUCAGUUCUGCUAGUUUACUAUAAUGGUUUUAGCACAGAGGAACUAUUUAAUGCAGUCUCACUUAGUGUAGCAGAGAAGUUUCUUCUAAAAUUACUUUCUGGGCUUUGCCAAUGAGUAAAACUGAAAACAGAACAGGCCUGAGAGGUAUCUUCUAAGGAUUUAUUUAUGAGAAUGUGUCCUAUUCAUUUCUGCUAUUCUGCAAAUAAAUCCUGGAAAUGCAGAUCGCGUGAGUAGUACAAUUAAGUGAGUUGUUUGGGUUUUUUAAGUUUUAAUUCCAGUAUGCCAAGGUCGCUGGCUAGCUGACUCACCAGAUGGAGCUGUAGGCUUGUUAUUCCUCACCAGAUAGUCAUCGUUCCAUCCCUGAACAAUGCUAUUGUGUGAAUCUAAUGUAUUCUUGUCUCAUCACUGAAAAAGGCAAGCCACCAGAAUGAUUUAUCAGUGCAUUUGCUGGUCUCUGCUGGGAAAAUACUAAGCUUCCAUUUAUUCUUGGCUCUCGGAGGAGAUCACAUCAUAGCAUUCAGACUGAUAUAUUCACAAGGUAGUAUGUGACUCAGCAGAAUUCUUAUGAGACAGAUAAAAGUUCCUUGGGCAAGGGUGGCUUAGCAGCAUCUUAGAGAAAAAGAACUUUGAGAAGCAAACAAGCUUUUCUUGAACAUGUCAGAGACUGAAUUCCUGGGCAGUGUGUAAAUUAUGAGCCCUUGUCCACAGAUAAGGUUAAACUGCACGCGUAUAUUUUAGAGCCUGAUCUCAGGAACUGGUUUAUAUAUGCAUGCCUUCAUAGUGCAGCGUUGCAGUGCAAGUACAUCGGGACACAAGUCUGACCAGAAAGCAGCAGCAACAGAUUCAGGCUGAGCGUGUGAUGCCAUGUUCCUCCUUGUACCUGCUCCCCCAAUAUGUCUGAUUCCUUCGUAGCGUGGCUACAGGUGGUGUUUUUUCAGCUCAGAAAAUAGCAUCCCAGUUCUGAAUAUAGAGGGUCCAAACUCAGUUCCAGCCUGGUGGGAGAGGAUUCAUUCUGAAAGCAUCCUUGAUAGGUCUUUUUUCCCCCCUGUCCUGCAUUAACAGUGCAAAAAUCAAUUAAUUGCGGGAGGGCUGCAGCCCCGACCAUGUCUGCUUUGUUGGAGAAAGUACUGUGAGCAGGCAAGCACCUACAGGACACGGAAGAAUGUUUUUGUAGUUAAGGAAUCUGAAUGUCUACAGGAUUUGGAUUCUUCUCUUGCCUCCAUUAAGCUGCCCUCCUAGCUUGUGGACAAGAAGUUUUAAGCCAAAGGCUAAAUAUAGCUUCUGGUUUUUACUUUCAUAGAUUGCUUGGUAUUAUUUCUCCCAGUGGGUAAAACAGAUAAAUGUUAAGACAGUUAAUAGAGGAGAUAUUGUUUACUUAGAGAAGUUACAUGAAGAAAAUUUUAAUGUUUUAUGUGACAAUUGACUACUGUAAACGAGGUUCUCUGUAGUAAGCCUACAGUGAUAGCUUUUGGAAAUAGUCUCAGGCAAACAUUACAUGAAAAGCAAUUCACAGAAACUGAGCUUUGACAGAUAUAUACAUUUCUGAGGGUAUUUAAAUAGAGGAGUGACUAGGUAGCAAUGGUUCAGUGAUUACCAGUACUCAAUUUUCUUCUGCUCUCCUGUUCUGCUUUUCAGCUGUGCUCCAUCGUGGCACAAGCUGUGAUCUGGCUUUGAACAAGGUCACUACUGGUGAAUACCACUACAAGGUGCUAUUCCUAUCUGACGAAAAUAGUACCAAGUUAAAAAUCUUUGAUUAGUUCCUGGUCACCUUUCCCAUUUUGUUCAGUUUAAAAAAAACAAACUAAAAAACCAAAACAAAACCCCCCACCGUUUUAUUCCUUUGAGGGCCAUUAGAAGAUUGCAUGUCAGUGUUUCCAAAUAGGAUUCCAAAUUCCAAGGAAAGAAAAAAAAUAGCUGCACUGUAGGGCCUGAAAGCAGAGUUUGAUAUCAUUGUACACAAUUUCAAGUAUAACUUAAUCAUGGUAGUCUAGCCUGUUCUUUGAAGGAAAAAAAAAAUAAUCAAACCCCAAACUAACCAGCAAAAAUCUGCAAAGAAGGUGGUUCCACAGCUUUCCAAGCUGGGGUCUGUCUUGUCUUCAGAACCCUUUUUAUUUGGUGGCAAUCGUGCAAUGCCCCUGUGAAGUUGUGUAUAGAUUUCACCUGUAGCUCUAAGCCAAAAAUAGACUUACUAAUAAGUGAGAAAAAUUCUGCUUGAAAAACCAUUUGCAAUGGCUGCGUGUUUAGGUUUCCUGUAUUUGUGAGACCAUCAUUAGCUGCUUUGAGUAAAGGAGGCAGUUAUUAAUGAAAGAUAAUCAGUGCUGCUGGUGAUGAUUAUAGGGAAAAAAGAAUCAGCACAUCUGAGGCAAAUUGUGUGACAACAGUCUGUAUUAAAGAAUGAUAUCCUGACUAGCUGUGGAGAAAAAAAACCUUGUAAAAAGAAAAUAGUAUGUUGCAUCCCUCCACAAAACCAGAGUAAUUUCUGAGAUGGUAGGAUACGUAGCGCUAGUGCAUCCACUGUGUGUGUGUCUCUGUAAGUGUAAGGCUGAAGAGGUGAAACGUCCUCAGGUCGUUGUUGUUUAUUAUUUAUCAUCAAGGUCACGCUGAGGGAGAACGCACCUCCACUUUACAAUUGCUGAUACCUGUUUUCCGUGCCAGGUCAGGAGAAUUGUCAGGGUAGAACACAAGCCUUAGGUAAUGAGUCUUACAGUAGCAGGGAAAAGUCGGACAGUGAAUCACUUUUGAAUCUCUUCUACAUGAAAUAUUUUCCUGAGGAUGUAUGCAACAAACGUUGCAGUAACACACAUGGGUGUCCCUUUACUGCUUUAAGCAAACAUUCUGCUUUCAGUAGCUACUAUGAGCUCAAUGUAGUAUCUAACCUUACUAAAAGCCGAGAUGCUUUCUAAUUAAUGUAUUUAGCCUGAAAUAAUUUGCAAAUGACUUGAAAGUGUUUGUGGUCUUGAGACAAAGAAAUGAUGCGACUGUCACCACUAUUUUGCAAGGAAGAAGAAUACCAUAGAUGAGAUUUUAAAACAUGACACAUCUUGGGCACAGGUGCCCCAGACAUAAGGUCAUCGAUUCCCUCUUUUUGUUGGUUGCAUCAUGAAUGGCAAUCAGUCUGAUCAUGUUCUUGUGUUCAAAAUAAGCAAAUGUACUAUAUUCAACACUUGCACAGAAAGUCAGCAGAAGCAGUAGUAUGCAAUGAAUUUAAAGCAAAUGCAAAUGUGAGAAAGAGCACAUCAAAAAGCAUGAUGUACGACACCCUGGCUGUUUACCCUAACUAACAUAUUCCUAUAUAUAGCUAACAUAUAUAGUAGCCUAUUUUUUAAGGAAAACUAAACAAAACGAUUUCUCAUUUUGAAAAGAAGCUCUUUCCUGUUUCUUCCAGUACAUUUGUGAAACAAAAUGUAGAGCUCCUUGUUUUGUAAAGGAAAAAAAAAACCCCACACCCCAUCCCCAAUCAUUUGCCUGCAGAGACUGAAAAACAUAACUCCUGAGCUACAGUUUCUAGAUUUGCUUACUUUGUGCCAGGGGCAGGGGAAAGGAGUGAGAACAACAGCAAAAAUAAAAAGUCUUAAAAACCUUUGGAAAAGACAACAGUCAAAGAUUCAAAUAUGGAUGUAGAAGCAGGUUUUAAUUAUAACAUUGUGAGAAAAAACUGCAGAAAGACUUGUCAGGUUGCAAUUCAUCCUAGUCUUGUCAAUCCCCAUUGUUGCCAGGCACAAAAAUGAAGCACAUAUGAGAAGUUUUUACAUAGAAGUUGUAGAAUAUUGUCACUAACCCACCCCCACACACCCAUUUUAUUUCACACUGACAAAAGCUGAGAUGAAUGAGUUGUUGUCUGGCCCUUCCCACUUUGUAUAGUCAUUGGCUGGCUUGGAUCUAAAAAGGAUUUAAAAAAGGGGAAUAAUGUGCCUUUGCCUGGGAUCUGAGACUGUCAGGGUGCUGAAAAGCUAAUCUGUGAGCUCCCACCAUGCAGAUCUCUUGGGCUGUGUGCUCUGUCUGUGUCUUAAUACAAAUUGCAUUUCGAUCUGUGGAAGGGUGGCAAAUGUUUAAAAAUGAUGCUACAGAAAUAAUUCCUGAGAUCACUGAAAACACAGAAACACCAAUGGAGCAGACUUUCAGCAACAACAACACAAUGAACCAGGCAAAGCAUGGAGGAAGACACAUACAACAAGCUCCAGACCCUAAUGACGCUUCCGACUUUAGCUGCAGAGAAAUGCGAACCACCCGCUACGUCACGGAGGGGCCUUGCCGCAGCAUCAAGCCUGUCAAGGAACUGGUCUGCUCUGGUCAGUGCGUGCCCUCACACCUCCUUCCCAACUCCAUCGGUCGAGGGAAGUGGUGGCGGCAGAAUGCCCUGGAUUAUCGCUGCAUUCCUGCUCACACUCGCACGCAGCGCAUCCAGAUGGCUUGUCCCGAGGAGGAGACUCGGACUUACAAAUUCCGAGCUGUCACAGCCUGCAAAUGCAAGCGCUACACUCGCUACCACAACCAGUCCGAGCUGAAGGACUUUGGAAAGGAACCUGUCAGGCCUCAGAAGAACAAGAAGCCCCGUCUCUCCAGAGCCAGGAGCAGCAAAUCUAACCAGCAUGAGUUAGAAAAUGCUUAUUAGAAGGUGGCUCUGAGUGAUACGGCCUAGCAGCUCUGGAUAUUUUACAAAACAUCAAACGGCACUGGCAGGCCACAGCAUGACGUUCUGACUGCAGUAGGUUCCAAUUCCUUCUGCUAAGCUGGGUCAAAGGCUCACAUAGUCAAAAAUCUAUCAGAUUAUAGCAGUUAUGGUCUGAUAAGAGAAUGAGAUAAACCGAGCUGGAGGUAGCAACACCUAAAUUCAGUCUGAGAGGGGAGGUACACCCUGAAGACUCACGUGAGGUCGUGUGGCUUGUACCAGUAAGGCAGGCAGAGAAAAGUGAAGCUGUUACGGUGACAAUCACACUUUGUUAGAAGUCAUUCUACUCACUUUAUGUGAAAAGAACACCGAGAUCCCUUUCCUAUUUUUAUAAGUGCCAAGAUGCAGGACAAGCAUGAGAUUAGGGAAGCACCAGGAGAGUUAUCAUUCUCUGGAUGAGUUGUAGAAAGUCAGUGAGAGCAGGGAUGUCAACAGUUACGGUGGCUAAAGGCAAAUUGUUGGGAAAUUAACACCGUGGCAGAUGUCCUCAUGCCCCAGUUGUUUCUUCUAAAACACAAAAUUCAAAGUACGACACUCGUGUUCUCAAAAGUGUGACAAAUCUAUUUCAUACUUUUAAUUAAAAGACUGUAGGAUCAACAGAUUCAAAACUGAGAUUUGGUAACUAAAACCAUAUUUGUUUUAGGGACAAUGAUUUGUUUUAGGAACAAUUAAAUUCUACUAUGUGGAGCAGAUUUAUGAAAUGGAAGCUCCUCUGAAACCAGAUAACCUCACUGAUGUUUGUCCAGUAAACAGCUAAUGAUGUGCAUAAUUUAACAUAAAAGAUACUGAUUAUUCCUUAUUUCCUAGCGCGCAAUUGAUUUUAGUAUUAGCUUAGAUAGCUCAGUUUACAUUUUCUAUUGUGUGGAGUUUGGAUUAUCUGGCCACACACUUCAUAGUGCUAAGACUGUGCAAGCCAAGUUCUGGGAGUAAAGUGCUGCUUCUGCAUUAAAAGUGAGCCUCUGCUAAUUUUAAAGUCAUUAAUUCCUCUAGAAACAUCUUUGGUAUGUGCAACUUUGGUAAGUCUUUAGUUUGACAGCAACUUUCCUUUACUUAGCUUCUCAACAUUCAGACUAGUGUUUGUGUUUUUACAUUAAAGAAUAUUAUUAGAAAGUGAAUCGUCACAUGCUGUAUAUAUCCUGUAGAAGUGCUAAGUGUAGUAUGAGAUGAACACAGUUUGGGAUGAAGACAGUUCCUCACUGUUCUUCUUUUCUAUGUAGAGUUUGUGCUGAAAUCAUAUAAACUAUGGAAAUUUGCGAAGUUAAUAGAUUUUGCAAUUAUUUUAUGUGGGACCAGAAACUAGAGAGAAAAGUUAUUGUUUCAGAGAGUGAAUUACGUAUUUAUUUUUUUCUCAGAAAUUAUUUAUGCAAUGUUUUUCCUUGUAGAGAAUGAGAAUUCAUACUGCUUUAAAAAUAUU